GGGAAGAGCACUGUAAUAUGUAUAUUAGUGAUUGCUCAUCUGUCUGCUGCCCAAGCUACUGCCAACCUCCAAACACCUAACCCCACACCCACACCCGACCACUGACCUCCCUAGACUGUGGUCUGUCUGGCUAGUGAGGAAAUCUCAUUUUUUUUCUUCACGAUCUGCUCUUUCAAAAGAUGUUACCCAGCCACCCAGUGAUGCCUUUAUACUGAGCUGCCUCAUCCCUAAUGCACCAGGGCUUUCUGCACAGGAGGGUAGAGAAGGUGGUGAAGUACAGCCCCCACCUGCCUGAAUUCAAGUACUCCUGAAUGUCCUUGCUGCUCACGAAACACAAUGGAUACUGUUAGCCAUAGCCUUGUUCUUCUGCAGCAGUUGAACAUGCAGCGAGAAUUUGGUUUUCUGUGUGAUUGCACAGUUGCUAUUGGAGAUGUGUACUUCAAAGCCCACAGAGCGGUGCUUGCUGCUUUUUCAAACUAUUUCAAGAUGAUAUUUAUUCACCAAACAAGUGAAUGCAUAAAAAUACAACCAACUGACAUCCAGCCCGACAUAUUCAGCUACUUGUUGCAUAUUAUGUACACAGGGAAAGGGCCAAAACAGAUUGUGGAUCAUAGCCGUUUGGAGGAAGGGAUUCGAUUUCUUCAUGCUGACUACCUUUCUCAUAUUGCAACUGAAAUGAAUCAAGUAUUCUCACCAGAAACUGUGCAGUCCUCAAAUUUGUAUGGCAUUCAGAUUUCAACAACCCAAAAAACAGUGGUCAAACAAGGGCUGGAAGUCAAAGAAACUCCUUCCAAUAACAGUGGAAAUAGAACUGCUGUCCAGGGUGACCACCCCCAGUUGCAGCUCUCUCUUGCUAUUGGGCUGGAUGAUGGCACUGCAGAUCAGCAGAGGGCCCAUCCUGCCUCCCAGGCCUUGGAGGAACACCAGAAGCCCCCAGUGUCCAUCAAACAGGAGAGAUGUGAUCCAGAAUCUGUGAUCUCCCAGGGUCACCCCUCACCCUCAUCAGAGGUGACAGGCCCCUCUUUUACAGAAAACAGUAUCAAAGUACACUUAUGCCAUUACUGUGGGGAACGUUUUGAUUCUCGUAGCAACCUAAGACAACAUCUCCAUACCCAUGUGUCUGGUUCCCUCCCAUUUGGUGUCCCUGCUUCCAUUCUGGAAAGCAAUGACCUUGGUGAAGUCCAUCCACUUAGUGAAAAUAAUGAGGCUCUUGACUGCCGCAGGCUCAGCUCCUUCAUUGUCAAGGAGAAUGAACAGCAGCCUGACCACUCAAACCGGGGUACCACAGAGCCUUUGCAGAUCAGUCAGGUAUCUUUGAUCUCCAAAGACACAGAGCCUGUAGAAUUAAACUGUAAUUUUUCUUUUUCAAGGAAAAGAAAAAUCAUUUGUACUAUCUGUGGUCAUAAAUUUCUUCGAAAGAGCCAGUUGCUGGAGCACAUGUAUGUUCACAAAGGUAAAUCUUACAGAUACAACCGAUGCCAAAGGUUGGGUAAUGCAUUGGCCCAAAGACUUCAGCCGUACUGUGACAACUGGUCUGAUGUCCCCCUGAAAAGUUCUCGCUUGUCUCAAGAACAUUUAGACUUGCCUUGUGCCUUAGAGUCAGAGCUCACACAAGAAAAUGUGGACACUAUCCUAGUUGAGUAGCAACUUCUCUUUGGAAAUAUUUAUGCCAGUCCUGAAGAAAAAUUCACAUGGCAUUUUUUUAUUCAUAAAUUAUUUUCCUCGAGUUCUAUUGAUUUAAAAAAAAAAAAAAUCCAUGGUUUAAAGUUGUGUAUAUUAGGCCUUCUUAUUAUAAGAAAUACUAGUACAUGACUCUUAAAAUGUAAACCUUCAGUUAGUCCUAUGAUCUUUUUAUAAAUUAAAUCACUGUUUAGAAAUCUGAAAUCAAUGUAGAAAUAUGGAAACUUUAGAUUGAAUGGUUAUUUAUAGAAUCUCAAGUUUUUUCAGGUUGCAGAAUCAGUAAAAUAAAGUUGAAUAUGAAGUGAAUGAAAUCUAUUUUAAAGAAUAUUCUAGAAAGUGUGGGUGUAGCUCAGUGGUAGAGUGCUUGCCUAGCAUGCAUGAGGCCCUAGGUUCAAUCCUUAGCA